AUGCCGUGGUUCUGGUGGGCCGGGCAAAGCAAUCAUGAAGAUCCAACCAAAUCACUGGACCCUUCUUUGAAAGAAUUCCUGAAGGAACAGCAACCACGUCCCUACGUGCCCGCUGAGCCACCUCAAAAGAUCGACGAGCCACAGCAGGAUUCACAACCCGAGGUCGCAUUGCCCGACACCAACAAGACCUACGAGGACAGGCCGGUUCCUCCAGAGUCUCUGUACCAGGAUGGACGAUAUGCGCAUAUCUGGAAGACUUAUACGCCUCAGACCCAAAUUGCAGCCACUACUUCUACAGCGGUGGAUCGCAUAAAUCAAGCGAAGAAGGACCGGAAAAGAGAGAUACACCGAGCAUCGUUAGAGAAUUGCGCUUUUGAAGAAGAAAUCCGGCAGGAGUGUCUGAACGGACAAAAUGUGACAAGCAGGUUUCGGGCUACGAUGACCAUGUGCAAUGAGGAGACGAAGCAGUACACCAGAUGCUACCAACUACAAUCGAAGUUUCUACAAGCCCUUGGAUAUAUGUCAGGCCUCGAUAGUGAUGCUGAACACGAAGAGCGCAUUCAGAUGCAUGCAGACAAGCUCUACCACCGCAUGAUGGACUAUGAAGCAGAGGUCGAGGAUGCUAAGCGCAACCACAAGCCUAUUCCACCUUUGACUUCAGUGUUUGAUCCCAAGCGACCCGCACCGACAAUUGAGCAGAUGGACGUACCAGUGGCUGUGCAAGCACGCAUGGACGCUCCCCUGCAUGAGCUUCCACCGCAUGAACGAGAGCUGGCUGCGCGAGCUGCCUUGCAAGAGGCCAAGAUUAAAACCAGUGAUACCGCCGAAUACCAGAAGUUUGCACAUACCAUGAACGAUGAAAGGAAGCAGAGACAAUCUAAGAUUGCCAAAAUCAUGGGUGAGCCGAUCGCUAAGUGGUUCAUCCCGGAUCCAGAGAUUUUGGACAAGAGGUUCGAUGAGUCAAUGAAAGACCUACGUUUCGACCGGGACAUAUGGCGCGAUGAUGUCUCCCCAGCUGGAUCAAAAGGCAGCAAAGGUUGA